UCAAACCUCCCCACUUUCUCUGGCCUUUGACUACUUCUUCGCUAAAAGCAGCUCACUUGUCUCUUUCCCUCUCUGAGGAUGGAAUACACACACAGAACUACCGCAACACUCGGAGUUUCAACUACUAUUUUAUCUGCUUCCUCAUCUAAUUCUUCUCCUUCUCCUUCUCCUUCUUCUCUUCCAACUACUGUUCAGGGUCCCUGUGCUGCCUGCAAAAUCCUUCGUCGUCGAUGCACUGAGAGAUGUGUGUUAGCUCCAUAUUUUCCACCGACUGAACCACUCAAAUUUGUCAUUGCCCAUAAGGUCUUUGGAGCUAGCAACAUCGUCAAGGCCUUGCAGGAACUUCCCGAGUCCAAGAGAGCGGAUGCAGUAAGCAGCAUGGUAUAUGAAGCCUAUGCGAGAAAUCGUGAUCCAGUCUAUGGUUGUGCUGGUGCAAUUAGUCACCUUCAGAAACAACUUAAUGAUCUCCAAGCAGAAUUGGCUAUGACACAAGCGGCGCUCCUUCUCAUACAAUGCCAACAACAUGAACAAAAUCAUGAGAAUACAGCCAUCUUUGAUCAGGACAAAUAUUUCAGCUCCGUCUUGGAGCCUUCUUGGCAAUGAAGAAAUCUCAGGGAAUUAAUUGGGAAGUUCAAAUAAAUUCUAGGUGGGUGGGUAUCAGGAUUAGUAAUGCAAAUGAGAGAAGAUGCUAGCUUGAUGUUCUAUGUCAUAUCAAUGAUUUAGAUCUUGAAAAUCGAAAUGAAUUUGUAUGAUAGCUUCUUCCUAGCUAGUUGAAUAAGUCUAGGCGGCGAAGGUCCAAGACUAAUAGAAGAAAAAGGAGAGCCGUGUGUCCUUGUACCAUGUGGUAAUCUUGAAUUAAUCAAAGCUUAUGGCCGCGUGGGUGUUUUAACUGUUACUAUAA